UGGAGGCUGGGGAGGGAGGAACAGAGCGAGAGAGAGAAAGAGGGAGCGCUUAAAAAAAGAGCAAUAGAUAGAGGGAGGGAACGAGAGCAGAGACGGAGAUGAAUACGUAUUGCUAGGAAAAAUAUUCUGCAGACACACAAAAGGAAGAGGUAACUGUUUUUUUUAUUUUCAUUGGAGCUGUUUUGAAUUCAUUUGAGUGUGAGGUUACAAAGAAAGAGCGUGAGGGUAGACAGAGAGAUCGAGACGAAGGCAGAGACACACUGCAGUGGAGCUGUAAUAUGGAUGCACAGUCUGAGAGCUGUGAACCGCCGCCAUGUGACCCGCAGCCUCCAGGUAAAAUCAGGAAAGCCUUCAAGCUGUUCGGCAAGCGGAAACCAGGCAGCGGCGUCGCUAGCAUCUUCUCCAUCCGGGGAAAAGGAGAUGGAGUCCCUAAAUCACCGCCGUCCAGGAGCAAAACUCUGGAUGGAUUAAAUGAGCCUACCGCCCCAGAAGCAGAAGCGGAGCAAGUGGAUCUUGACCAGGAAGAGGAGAGUCAACAGGAGGAUGCUCCGAUGGACGAGUUCACAAGCGGGAAUAUGAAAACUGAAACCACCCCUACGAGGCAGUCCAUCUCCUCACUCACCUCGGCCAAGUCCCUGAGCUUCCUUAACAUGCUUCGCAAAGGUCGACGAGGAGUAUCGGGAGAACGUCAGGCUCAGACCGAGUCUCAGAGGCCUGGGCGGCAACGGAAGGGCCUGAAGGGGCUGUUUGGUAACAUACGCUGGCCUAGUAAAGAGAAGGAGGCUGAAGAAGAAGCUGAACCCGGCCCUCCCCUUCUUGCAUCCCGCUCCAACAGUGUCGAGAUUAUAAAGGAAAGCCUCACAUUGACACCUGGCCCAACACCUCGCUCGGCGGAGGAGCAGCAACAGGAGGGAAAUCAACAGCUUCCUACAACACAAGAGGGCCCCACAUCAUCGAAAGAUGCUGAAAAGGUGAGCGAGGCAACAAAACCACAAAAAGAUGAACGUUUGAGCACGCUGCUUGGAGAUAUCUCAUCAAUUUUAAGCUUUGAUACACUGACGCCAUGUGGAGAUAUUGUAGCGGAUGUUGAGGCAGAAUGGGUCAAAGCCAGCUGUCGUAUGGAGGGAGAAACAACGCUGAAGGUGGAUGAUUCUGAGAAGACUUCAUCUGCUUCAACCAGAUCAAAGCCCAGCCCUUCUCCUACAUCAACUUUGAGCCCCACUUCCUGCAAGCCUUCCCCUACUUUAGCGACCAAACCCAUCUCUUCACCUGUCACCACAAAACCUAUUACCAGCCCUUUGACAAAACCAGCUUCCUCUCCAACAUCCUCUUCAUUGACCAGAACGACACCAUCCAUGCCCUCUGCCCCAAUUAUCCCUACACCAUCCGCUAGCCCUCUCACCAAACCAACACCAGCCCCAUCAGCUAUGCCCAUAACCCAACCUACCCCAACUCCUACUCCAAAAGCUCAAACCACCCCGAUUGUCCAACCUACUCCAACACCUUUCUCUAAUACAGAGUCUGCCCAGGAUGCUACAUCAAGCCCCACAUUUAAAUCUAUUUCUUCCCCUGCCAAACCUGCCCUGUCCCCUAAAUCUAGCCCUGAACUCAAACCCACCACAAUACAACCACCUAGCAUCACAUCUGCCUCCAUGACCCUACCUAUCCCAACCUCCACACCUUCCCCUUCUCCUGUCACUACCCCCAUUUCAGAAACGUCCCCUUCACCCACAACUAGUACCACCCCGGAUUCUUUUACCAAAACGAAACCUUCCCAAGCAGCAAAACCAACACAUGAAUCCAAACAUGGUUCAUCUACCUCUGCGAAACAUCUGCCACCAUUUGAUGUAUUUGGUAAACCUAAUAAGCCCCCCGCGCCAACAAAGAGACCAAAACUCAUAACGACAUUCGGAUUAUCAACAAGCCGUAACACCGCUCCUAUUUCCAAGCCCGAACCGGAGCAGCCAACAGGACAAACUACAAAAUCCACCUCCCAAAGUGACAAGACUGGCUCAGCGUCAAAUGUAAGAAAAACCUCUAUUUCUGAAUCGUCUACUAAACCGAUUCAACCAUCUACUUCAUCAAACUCCAUUCAAAGAGCAGAAGAGGAUGCCAGGAUGCAUUUAAGGAAGGACGUAAGACAAGAAGGAAUUGAUAUGAGAGACUCUGUGGCUACUCAAAACAUCACCAAAACAGUGGUGAAGAAGGGCACGAUGGGGAAGCCCGCAACUCUGAGCAAAAUCCCUGUAAGUGGCGGAGGCAGACCUGCAAAGCAGCGUCAAAGAGAGGCCCAACCCAAUGGAGAUGAGGACCACUCCAAUCCACCAACACCAGUAAAUGAAGAGCAGAGCCCAUUCUCUCUCUCACGGGAAAGCAGCAGCAAAGAGGCCCUCAGCGAUAUCUCCACAGAAUCAGGGGCCGUCACACCAACACUCGGUCAAGAGGACAUAGGCUUGACUUCCGCACGCCCCACAGCCAGUGCAACAAGCUUAUCCCGAGAAUCCAAGAUUCCAGUCAAACAUGGAUCCUCUGCUACCUACCAUUCUAUGCCGGGGAGAAUGGAAGCUGCACGUUCCAAGAUACCCGUGUCCAAAAUGCCCGUCCGCCGGACCAGCAAUAAGCCCGCGCCGACAGCUUCAACUGCCUCCGCCCCCCGAAAAUAACUAAAGUUCUCAUUCUCUUUGCAAAAAGACCUAAACACAUUCCACUGGCAACUUUUCUCAAGAUCUUCUUUUGAUAUUCAGUCAGGCAUCAUUACGCCUGGAUUAAGCUAAUAUCCUCCCGUGGACAACUGGAUUAUGUUUUUUAACUAAUUUGCAUACCGGUGUCAAUACUUUGUAUCAACUUGGUGUUUCCAUUCUUGUAUCUAUUGCACCGACUCUUUCUGUGGAUUUAAUUCUGUGUGCCACCCGAAACACCGACACACACACACAGGCUCUAUCUAAAGGGAUCCCCUGGCAACCUAACAUGCAAAUUAAAAGGCUGGCACUAAAGCACAAGAGCCCUCACCUGGAAUCGAAAGCCAUGUAGAUCUCCUCCGCAGAAACAAGGAAUGGAUCCGUCCAUUAUCUCUGGAGUAGAGCGGCUUCUCAUCAGCAUCAAAGUGGUCCAUAAUGGUUUUUAAAAGCCAACAUGGAGUCAUGUGGUUUUUUUCCAGGUCUACAACACCAGAAGGGCCCAGUAUCAUCAGAACGGUGCUUUUUUCUUCCUGGCCUGCCACACAGGAAAGCAUUUUGUUACAGAGCAAUGGAGGAUCUUUGUAGCCUUUGUUACUUGGCCUUCUUUUUUUGAGAUUUUCUCGUCUUGUGUCUUUUUUCUUUAAAAAAAAAAAGUGAGCUUUGUGGAUCAAUGUUAGUCUUCUUGAAGUCCCCACGUGUUGUAUGCAAAUAAACAGAAUUUGUACAGUUGACGCCAAGACAGGAUAUUCCACAGUAUCUUCUGAAUGUAUGUAGCAGAACGCAUGCCCUACUUUCUCAACCACAUGAGCCAUCUCAGUUUCUCUCUCUCCUCACCGAUGUCCUUUUCUUGCUGUUUUUGAAACACUGUGUUAGGUCACACAGUGACUGAGCUGUAAUGUCUGUGUAUGUGACAUGUCAUCAAAGACCCAUGAGACUUAUGGAUUAGAUCUGUGGACACAGUGGAUUGUUUUUUUCUGCCUGAAGUGAGACUGCUCUAAUCGAGUCUGAGGACAAUAGAGGUGAUGUUUCACAGGCAGUUGAUGUUAUAGGUAAGCUAAGACUUUCGUGGAUGACAGUGGUGUUGAGGUUUGGAUGGAUAGAUCUUUUUUAAGUUGCCAUCACAUUGACAUGUUUAAUAGAGAUUUAUUUUUGUGUGUCUGUAUGAGUGUGUGUAUGUCAGUGGAUGGGUGUGUUUAUCUUAAUGUUACAUUGUUGCCUAUUUAAUCAAUAAAAUGUGUUUAUACUUGCACAAUGUUUAAUAGUAGACUCCACUUACAAUAUGAUAGUGAUUUGACCACUUCUUUACAAGUAGCAUUAUGUAACCGUGUUAGACAGACAUUCGUAGUCGAAUCCUACAAAGCCUUUCACUAGAAACCCCCAGCCCCCCACCCCUUCCUCUGCAGUGCCAUGCUGUGGUGUUGAAAAGCCCACUGACCUGAAUAGAAAAGCACAUGUACGUCAGCGUUCAUUGGUCAGUGGGCUGUAUGUUAAGAUGCUACAGGACCCUGCCAGGCAACCCCGCAUCCGAUGAAUGUGAAUGAAACCCUGUCGUUUUCUAAUGGUACGUUAUCUUGUCUCCGAGUUAGGAUUAUGUGAGCUGUUAUUAUUCUUAGUGUUGGACUCACAUCAACCAUUAUAAAACAUAAUGGAGGGAAUGAAUGAGGGCUGGCGAUGGGUUGAAAUGAAAGGACAGUGGGCGCACAGAGAGAGAUUGUGGUGGAGAUGGAGGAAGAGAACAUGGAAGGGGAGGGCGUAAAAAAGGCUUUUUUGGUUUCAUCACAGCUGUGUUUUUUGAUGGCUGUGAAUGUUAAAGGAAUAUUGUAAUAUUAAUGGCAAAAGCAAAUUUUAUAUGUGACCGUGUCUGUGAAAUCGAGGCUUAAGUCUCAUCAUUUAUUAUGAGGAGCAUCAUAGAUAUAAAAUGACGAAAAUAGGUAAUGUGAGUUUAUUGCUGUAGAUGAUGGAUAUUGAUAUAGUCAAAUUAUCAU